AUGUCUACGACAACAACAUCAACUACAACAACAACGACGACACCAACAACUCCAAGUACAACUCCGAGUACAACUACUCCUACUGCAGGGACUACCUGGUGGACUACCCAGGCUCCUACUAAGCAACCUGAACUUCAAGCUGACGAAGAGGUGGAUCCAAGUAUGUACGAGGAAUACUCGGACUACAUUGAAUACGACGAAGACGACUUCUUCUACCAUAUGUAUUUUGACGAGGUGUCGACCACCCCGCUCCCUAGUGAGUUCUACGACAUCCUGGAGACCGUAAGUGGAGGAAAUAAAGCACCGGAAGUAUUGGACUAUCCAGAUUACGGAAACCUAUUCAAUAAUAGGAAAGCUAACUUCACUCUAGACGGAUUUAGGUUGACCCCUCAAAGAAACAGAACUCGCUCCACUCGCUACUUCCGCAACAACAAAAUGACAAGAUGGAAGCGGGAUGCCAAGCCAAAAAUAAAAUCCAAAAAAUCCAAAAAACCCAAAAAAUUUACAAAAUUUACGCGCAAGAAGAAAACCAAGAAUGGUCCGAAGAAGAGGAUCAAGACUAAGCAGAGUGAUCCAAGGAUCGCCGGGAUCCUGGAUCGUAGAGUUCCUGAAUUGUUCCGGGUGACACCCUUUGUUACAAUUUCUCUCACUAAAUUUGUAAUUUUGUCUACAGGGUCCACCCCCAUUAUUGCAGUGGCGUCCAGCGAUAUCUCCAACAUUGUGUCUGUGGUGAGCCCUAUAAUAACCGGUUCUACGGUAACCGCCAGUAUUGUGAGUACUGGUACAACCGGUACAACACUCUGGUCUUUAUUUCCGUACAUUACGCUACCGGGAAUUACAGGUGCUGGAAUCCCGUAUCUCUUGAUCUCCUUGUUUAUCCUGUAUACAGGGAUAAUUAUAUAUAUUGACGGAGAAUAUAUUUAUAAUAAACUUAGAAACUUCGCCAUAAAUAGAAUAUCAAACGUUCGUAGAAAUGUUUAUCGCCGAGUGCAUUCAGAGAAAGGUAAAUCACAGUAUAGUAAACCAUCAGCGAAGUCUACUGCUCGACCCUAUAUCCGGCAUCAGCUGCCCUACACAGACCGGAAACGUCGGAAAAAAAUUCCGAAAAUCUCCCAAAAAGUUCAAAAUAUUCCCGCAAAAACUCUGACGUCCAGAGACAAUUAUUACAGCAGACCUGUAUACAAAACUAGUCCUAAUACACAAAAUAAAAAUAGUCAAAAUUUGAACUAUGAACCUUCGGCAGAUAAAUUCAAAACGCCGGAUGUAUACUUUAAAACGCCACCGGAGGUGAACUAUAAAACGCCGGAGGUAAACUAUAAAACGCCGGAGGUAAACUAUAAAACGCCGGCAGUGAACUAUAAAACGCCGGAGGUAAACUAUAAAACGCCGGCAGUGAACUAUAAUUCGCCGAAAAGUAAUUAUAAAGUUCGGAAAUUUAACUCCGAGAAGUAUAGUCCGGACCGUUACAGUCCAGAGUACACGCCGACACUUUAUCGAUGGGACGAUUCUAAGGACGAUCGAGAAAGUGAUACAUCGUCCCGUCAGGACCAUCAAUGGUACCGGGGGGACUAUCAAGACGAGUUUAGAGAAACCCAUGAUUAUUACAGUUUAGAUGUUGUCCCACCAAAUGAAGAUUUUCCAACUUAUGAUUAA